AUGGAUUUACCACAAACACCACAAGUUUGGGUCCCCAAAACUGAAUCAAACCAAGAAGCCAAUGCGACGAACCACAACUCCACCGAGGUAGAGAUGGGAGGAACACAGGACACAAGCCAACCUGAAGAACCUGCGCAAGAUUCCACACUUCCAGAUGUGCAGGCAGAGCUAGAGCUACCCGCUCCGGCAAAGAAGAACGCAGGCUUCAACUUCCUUGACUUCCUGACUUCACCAAUCGUUGAGAUCAUCGUUGGGAAAGGCGACGAUGAGACCGUUAUGACAGCUCAUCAAUCCCUCCUGAUGGAGGCACCACUACUAGCCGAGUUUGUUAGCAACUUCGAAGCUUCAGGACCCAGACGCAUUACCCUGCCAGAAGAGGAUGUUGACGCCUUCAGUUGCUUCCUCCAAUUCCAAUAUACCCGUGAUUACACUGUGAUUCGAACGGAAACACCUGGGGAAACAGCCGACGACAAAAGCGGUGAUGAGUUGCUGCGCCAUGCGCGCAUCUACACCCUGGCAGAGAAGCUGGGCCUUCCAAACCUCCAGCGCAUCGCCCAUGCCAAGAUCCAUAAGGUCCAGAGUUCCCCUAACGCGGAGCUUUCCUAUGCCCGUUAUGUAUACACUCAUACACCGGCAGCAGAUACUACUAUUCGGAAGCCUGUGGCGAAUUACUGGGCGAACCAAAGCCACGUGCUGCGCCAGGAGGUUGGGGACGACUUUAAGAAGCUGUGCAUUGAAGUGCCGGAGUUUUCAUUUGAUGUCUUGACUAUCAUUCUGGAUCGCAAGCUGAAGAACGGAUCGGUGGAUGAGAUCAAGGAAGUGCGCGCAAGCGCAGAAGAGACAUCUAGGGCAAAAUCUUGUUAA